UCCACUACAUUUAAAUAAUGAUUUUAUAAAAUAUUUAUAUGAAUAUAUGAUAAAUGUGUAUGGGAGUUAAUCCGUUUUCCAUCCCCUCAAUUCAACCCUGUGCUAGCGCACGACUGUUGCCAUGGUCAGUUUAGAAAGUGCCUUUUACGCAUAUUCUCGAAAUGUUCGUUGUCAGAAGUGAUUUGUUUGCGAUAUUCCCCUUCAAAUUUUGCUAGAAUAUCAAACGUGGAGUAGAAUUCGAUAUAUAUAGAGUGCGAUAAAUUGUUUAAUCGGUUUUUUGAGCAUCUGUCGUCUGAUAAUUUAUAAUUUACGUUUCAACUUUGCUUCUUGUGUUGUGGUGUCGGUAACUGGAUGACAAAAUGUACAUUUUUGGAGGCAUUAUUCACGAAAUAAAAGGAUGUUUAAGAAAGUGAAAGAAAGAAGUGAGAUGCCAACGAAUUUUUAGUAUAUAAUCUCCAUGAAGGGUUUACCGCCUGCUCAAUGGGCUUUUUAAAUUUGAAAAGUUACCUUCGUUCAAGACCACCAGGAAGAAAAAAGUAGCGGCAGGUAAUAAACAUGUAUACCAACCGAAAAUCUUACAUUUUAAAAUUACUGCUGGUAGUAUUCGUCGUAUAUGGAUUCGUUCACGUUUUUACCAACUCGGCAGUACCCGUUAUCAGAGAAAUGCAAGAAUCCGGUAGGAAUCUUGCCGCUCUCGGUAGUGCCAACCUCGGUUCCUCAGGUUUCGAAGAUAUUACUGUCAAGGACAUAAUACCCGCCGUCGAUCCGAUCAAAAAUUAUAUAGAAACCCAUCAAAAUGUUGUGAUGGAUGUACAACCAUCAAAACCCGUUCCAUCAAUCAUAGAUAAAGUAAGGGAGGUAACAAAAUGCGUAGACAAACCUAUGGUACCGAAAAUUCAACAACGAGGCGAUUAUUGGGUCCUUUACAAUUACAUAACAGCCGAAAUAAGUCACAGAUGCCAUGAAAGUAUAACAUACACAACCCACGCUGAUUUUUCCUUUAUGGAUAACUUGGUGCCAUUGCUGGAACGAUGGAACGGGCCAAUCAGUAUAGCUCUACACGCUCCGGGAACUGAUUUUCAAAAUACUAUCGACUCCAUAGCAUACCUCAGGGAUUGUACCACGCCCAUGGUGAAAGAAUUGGUUACUUUCCACAUUUAUUUCAGUACCAAACACGUUCCUAAAGAGGUUCCCAAGGAAGAUUCCUUAUUCGCGGAACCUUACAACUGUUCGCUGGUCCCUCCUUUCAUGAAUUUCUCCAGCGAAAAUAUGUACAAGGCUCAGAAGAAGCUUCUGUAUCCCGUAAACGUCGGUAGGAACGUGGCUCGAGAAAUGGCUCAAACACAUUUCAUCUUACCGUCAGAUAUCGAACUGUAUCCUAGUCCUAACGUAAUAGAAAAGUUCCUAGCGAUGAUCGCUGAAAAUAAAGGACCUCUACUCAACAAAAAUCCUAGGGUUUUCCCUCUUACGAUAUUCGAAGUAAGCGCCAAUCAACAAGUACCAGAAAAUAAGACUCAGCUCCGCGAAAUGUUGGCUAACGGUACCGCUAUACCGUUCCACAAAAAAUUAUGUCCAGGUUGCCACACCGUUCCCAAAGCUAAAGAAUGGCAAUCCGCUAACGAAACGGAAGGUUUGCACGUGUUUCACGUUGGUAAACGGAACGGGAAAUUCGUCCAUUGGGAACCGAUAUUCAUAGGAACCCAUGCUGAUCCUUUAUACGACGAAAGACUCAGUUGGGAGGGAAAGAUGGAUAAAAUGACACAGGGUUAUGCGUUGUGUGUUUUGAAUUACGACUUCAUGAUUCUCGACAACGCUUUCCUAGUCCACAAACCGGGCAUCAAGAUCUACAAGAAAGAUCCGAGACGCGCGAUGUUGGCGGGGAAAACCCAUCAACUCAUCAAUAAAAUAAUUUUCCCAGAACUAAAGGUCCUUUACGGGGUUAGAAAAGGCUGUGCUGUUUAAACAAACAUGUGAAUGCAAAGGUAAUACAGAACUUUAAGUCGUUUUAGACACUUUUAUAUUUCAUUUUAAAUUAUUGUGAUCAAUUUUUUUAUUAUUAUUACAUCGCAUUACUUCUAUAUAAUGUUCUUGUAAGUAUUAUUUAAUUAUAUUGGCUGUCAUUUUUCAUUAUAAAUGUCUUGCCAUAAUAUUUUGAGUUUUAAGUCCGAAAAGUAUUUAUUUGUUUCAUAGGCAGAAAAAAUGGAAAUAUUUUGUAAAUCUUUUAAAAAUAACGUACGUUUCUGUUCAAAUUAAUGUCGUUAAGUACUAAAAACUUAUAAUACAAUCAUUUUUGUUCCGUAUGGCCAAAGAAAAGAAAUUUUUACUCAAUUUUUGCCGAUAUUCAAUGUAAUUAUACCAGUCCAACAUACACAGAUGAUAAUUUAUGGUAUUCUAUCUAUUUUUCGACUGUUUUGAACAGCAACAUUCUAUUAAAUGUCUAUUACUAGUGUCCCUAGGUAUUUUCUCGUUUCUUUAUAGUACAUUGUUACAAAUUUGGACAAAAUUGAUGUAUCGGAUUAAAUAAUUAUCAUCGACAACACUUUACAGGUGUUUUCCCUUUUUUUGGAGUAAUUUAUUGAAGGUUUUGACCUUUUAAAGUGAUUGAUUACCAAUUAUAAGACUCUUCAGGGUUUGCCACGUUUCUUUGGAUUAAUUUUUUGACAAUAUUGUCUUAUACAGCAAUUGACAAGAUUCUCCAGGUGUUUCCCCUUUUUUGGAGUAAUUCAUUAAAUGUUUUGACGUGUUAAAGUGAUCGACUAUCAAUGCCAAGACUCUUCAGGCAUUUCCUCGCUUCUUUGGCGUAGUUUGCUGGAAUUUUGAAAAAAUGGACUUGUUAAGCAAUUUAUUACCAAUAGCAACAUUUUCGAUGUAAUUUUUUCAUUUCUUUAGUGUAAUUCCUUGAAAAUUCUGACAUAAGAGACUUGUUGGAGUGACUUGUUCCCAGUAGCAAGACUUUCCACACGCUUUUUCCAUUUUAUUAGUGGAUUUCCUUGAAUAUUGUGGCCAUAUUGACUAAUUAAACCCUUUCCGGAUGUUUUUUGGUGCAAUUUCUUAAGAAUUUCCAGACAAUUGAAUUGGUAACGAGAUUUGUAACCAAAAGCAGAUGUUUUUUCGUUUCUUUUAUGUAAUUUUUCAAAAAUUGACUUGAAAUUGUUCGUGAUGGACAUAUUUAUCGAAUCCACUUUGCCAGUAAGAAAUGAUAAUGAAAAUUUGAAGAUUGUCUUCUUCCUGGUUCGAUUUGUUAGUUAUAGCUGAUUUUUUGUAUGCCAAAAAGUAGGUUGAUGUGUCAGAAUCAAUUUUGUAAUUUUAAAUUUUAAUUUAUAACACGAAAAACGGAUUUACAGAAUAUUUUCCAUCAUAAAAUUUUAAUCGUGACUUCUCUUAUUUAUUUACAAGUGUAUAUUUUCCUAGUUGUAUAUACGAAAACUUUUUAUACAUAUAUCUAGCUUUUAUCUAUUUAGUGUGGAAUUUUUUGAGUGUAUGUGUUACGAAAAAAGCACUUUUUCGAGAUAAAUCAUUUUUAAAGCAUUUAUUCAAAGUCAUUCCUCGUGCCGAAACAUAAUUUGACUCUCAGAGGCAGUUUGAAACGAAUCCCUUGUAGUAUAAUAAUUUGAUGGUAAAAAUUUCGAAAUUUUUUACUCAUUUCGAAUUCAUUUGUCAAAAAAACUACCAAAAUAAUUAGUUCGUGAUUUACAUAGUGCAGUGAAAGGUUUACUAAUAAUUUCAGCAGAAAUUAUGAUACAACUUGUAUAUUAUAAAACUCAUUUUAUAUUUUCCUAACGUAAAUAUUCCCAAUUAAUCGUAAAAUGUAUGGAAUCGUGUUAAACUUAGUCAGACAUAUUCACUAUUACUUAAGGGCCCUUUUGGUUCAAGAUUUUCGUAAUAAAUUGAUUUUAGUACUCAUUUUAAGCCCUAAUUAUUCUAAUUACAAAUAAUAAUCACUUAAAUAGCCAUUUAGAACGAUUUUACGAGAUAUAUAUACCAAUUUGUUUACGUAAAGGUGCUAUUACUAAAUUAAACAAUGAAACUAAAAUUUUCUCAAAAUAUCAUGAAAAUAAAACAAUUUGUAUAACUUAAAACACCAUUUCAAACAAUUUUGAUCAAAAUAUAAACUAAAUUUUAAUACGACAAAAUAUGGUUGUAAAUACUUACUUAUGACGGUAUUUUAGCACGUUAUACUAUACUAAAAAACAUAAAUUCACUUGAAAUUAUAAUUUUUCUAAUAAAAAUAAAAAAUUCUUAAUAAAUUAUAGGUCAAAAUUGAUUUACAUCUUGAUUGAAAAUAAUCAAAAACGUUGUAAAAUAAACAUAACCUAUUAUGUCAAAUUUUAAUUUAACUUUACUCACGAAAAUGAUCGAGUUUAACCGAUUAAAAUGGUGUACAGACAACUUCACUUCGCUAUUUUAAAGCCUCGUUUAUAUUCGUUGAAUUUUCGAUCAUUGUCGGAUUUUGCGCACGAGUCAUCAGUUUAUCAUUAGAAGUCGUUUGGAGUGGAUGUGGUUUUACGUGUAUUAUAACCACCAUCUUGUUUACCUUUAUUUUGUUUAAUUAUUGUCUAACGAAUCAAAUAGUGUCUGUAGUGAUUUAGAUCUGGUUAAACUGAUGUGAUACGUGAAAUUUAAUUUAACUUAUUCUCAAAAUAAACAACGUGUUUUUAAAAAAUUCGGUUCUGGCUAAAUUUACGCGAGACGUAUACAAAUAAUAAUUUUUUUCAACUUAUUAUUUCAUAGAUCUUUUAAUAUGUUUUUAUUGAUAAAUCAUUUUGUUUCUAAAAACCGUCUAAUCAAGAGCAAAAUGGCCGACUCUUCAACUUUUUCUUUCCUUUGGUUUUGAUUUGACAAUUUACAAGGGAUUUACACAUGAAUCGCUCCUCUGGGUGAUGAAUUAUGAUUAAAACACGGUAAAUAGUGAAUCUCAUCAUCAAACCAACAUUUUACCGAAUAUAUUCACGUUCUUUUAGUAUAUUAUACCAAGUGCCAAUGUUAAACAUUUUCCCACCUAUACUUUUGUGAUGUAUGUAGACAUUCUGUAUAAUUCGUGUGGUUCCGAUCUUUAAUCAAUGUUUUAACAGUGAAAUAUUUAUAUAUAACAGAACCGUACAUCGUAAUAAUAGGCUCAAAUUUGUCAUUUCGUCGCUUCACUUCCAUCUUAUCAUACAAUGUAUGUUCCUGUUGAAGUUCGCGCACGCUUCGUCGGUUCGUAGACACUUCUAAGCAACUGAUUUUUGUUUAUGUCAAAAAAUUCUCAUUAUUUUUAAGACCCCUAUAAAGAUUUUACUUUACAGUUAUUUUAUAACGUCGAGUCGUAUAGUCCCAUCUCUUUUCCUUAUAUUUCAAGGACAUUUUCUUUUGUUUAUUUAUAAACAAGGAAUUUGAAAGUUUUCUCAGUGUAAUUGCGUUAAAAACUGUUGCUUAGGGGUGUUUAUGUUACGUAAUUAGCCUUGUCAUAUAUUUUUAUAUAAGAAACUAUUUAAAUGCUCAAUAUCUACCGUACCUUUCAAUUAUAGCUGCCUUUAAUGUAAGCGUUUAAAAAAAACUGCGUAUUUUUACAAACAUCCUGUAAAAAUAACGAAACUUAUAUAUUGUAAAUAUAUUGAAAGCUUCCUGUAUAUAUCGAUCGUGGAUUUUUGUGUAGCGUUUCGUGACGCGGAAUGUUAGUCACUUCUUUUAUGCCGUCGGCCAUUUUUGUAUAACUAUAAUUCCGAAAUAAACUUUCAGCCAUCUGUCGGCGAUAUCACGAACCUUUUUGAUCCGCAAAUGCAAUUUUUACAGGUUUCUAUAUAAACUUUGUAUACAAGCGUAGUUGCCAAAUGUAAAUUUUUAAUAUAUAUUGAGCGAUUGUACAGGGGUAAUGGGAAAUGUUUUACUAAAAACAAAGGAGAAAUUAUUUGCUUUGAAAUUCGAAUGAAUUAUUUAUUUAUAUAUUAUAUACAGGAAGUCUUUAAUGUAUGGUAGUAGGAGGUAACUUUAUUUUUUUUUGACACCCUGUUUUUAUUUGUUUUGCUCAUUAUUUGGUACUUAUCUGUAUUUUAAGUAAUUUAAUUUCGUUCUGUUUUUAUUUUUUAAUGAGAAAAUCGUCCUCUUGAUGUAUUUUUACCAUUUAUUGUGCCUUAUACACUGAUUCUAUGUAGUGGUGAAAUUAUAAAGUAAUUUUGUACCGUAUAUGGAAACUUUUUCUGCAAAUAUAAAAAUUGUGAAAAUUCCA